AUGGCAAACACCACCAAGGUGAUCAAGAUCGGCGUCUUUGUCCCGUCCGAGUGCCAGCUCCUCGACAUGGCCUGUAUAGACGUCUUUGGCAUGAUGUCGAAAGAGUACCUAGGUGGUCUGCCCAUGAUACCCAAGCACAUCCCGGAGCUGGCGCCCAGCAUGGAAAUAUUUUACAUCUCGACAAAGGCCAGCGGCAGCCCAGAUCUACAACUGCUCCUUCUGACGGCGGGCAUCAAGAUACAGCCCACGCACGACAUGUCGCACUCGGAAGUUCAGCCGGGGAUGCUGGAUAUCCUGCUUGUCCCCGGACCGGAUCCCGCGGCGAGCUGGGACGAGGAUACGCUACGAUUCUUGAGGGCCCAUGCUGAGGGGAAGCGUACGGACGUGUUGAGCGUUUGUACGGGCGCGUUCUUAUGCGGUGCCGCGGGGCUUUUGGAGGGGAGAACGGUUUGCGGGCCCAGAGGGUUGCAGGGUGUCUUGAGGAAGCAGUUCCCGGGUGCGAGAUUUGUGGGUGAUGAGUAUCGAUGGUAUCAGGAUGGUAACUUUUGGAGCUGUGGGGGCAUCACGAACGGAAACGAUCUCGUGGCGGCGUACGCCCGGAGCAGUGAGAAGCACUUCCCGGCGCCCAUUGUCGAGAUUGCGUGCCGGAUGGCAGAGGUUGGCGAGAGGAGCCAGACGUACGAGCAGGGGCAGACUAUUUUUGCUUUGGGGCUUGUGUGGCAGAUUGUCAAGGGUUGGUUCAUGAAGCCGGGCAAGUAG